UCACUCACUGCUGCUAACGUCCUCACUCUCACGCCUCUCGAGUCGCGGAAGCAGCGACCGUCACUACAGCCUCUACUCCCACCGCUACUCACCUCCACUCACUGGAGUUGUUGUUGUUGUUGCGACGGGACGAUGAUGGGUUUCUUAGACAUGGAUUUCCUCGACGAUGUCAGACGGAUGAACAAGCGACAGCUUUAUUACCAAGUGUUAAACUUUGCUAUGAUUGUGUCGUCGGCCCUGAUGAUUUGGAAAGGUUUGAUGGUGGUCACUAGCAGCGAAAGCCCUAUUGUUGUCGUUCUCAGUGGCAGUAUGGAGCCAGCCUUCUACAGAGGAGACCUGCUCUUUCUCACCAAUUACCAAGAGGAACCGAUUCGUGUUGGAGACAUUGUCGUGUUCAAAGUCGAGGGCCGAGACAUUCCGAUUGUACACAGAGUCUUAAAAGUACAUGAAAAGGUAGACGGCAGCGUAAAAUUCCUAACCAAGGGAGAUAACAAUUCUGUUGAUGACAGAGGGUUAUACGCCCCUGGACAGCUCUGGUUAAAAAAGAAAGACGUUGUGGGACGAGCACGAGGGUUUGUGCCCUAUGUUGGAAUCGUAACAAUAUUAAUGAAUGAUUAUCCUAAAUUAAAAUAUGCCAUAUUGGUAUGUCUUGGACUCUUUGUACUCAUCCACAGAGAAUAAUAAUCCAUUGGACAGACAGACAGACAUAUAUUAUUCGGAAUUCUCCGUUCAUCAUCUCAUCCAGACCAUUCCUGAUCAUCCACCCUGUCUCUUCUCACACACUUCCCCCUCCCCUCUCCCAUGUUCUUUGUUGCAUGUGCACGCACAAACACAUGCAUGCACACACACAGUCACAAAUGUGUGCACACACGCACAAAGACGUCCUCAGCUGUGGAUUGAACCAUCCAUUACAAACUCCCUUCACAAAAGGCCUCUGGUAACCAAUGGUAACAGCCCAGGCUGUCCCUUCUACAGCCUGCCUUCCCUCCUUCCUGCUCUGUCUCCACCCAUGUUCCAGCACCGAUGGACGCCUCAUUAUGUACAGCAGGGAUCGCAGUUGUAAAUGUCCAGGAAUGGGCCACACCCUUAUACACACGUAUAUUCACAAACGUCUGUGUGUAUAUAUAUGCAUACACUAACACACAUGCUUGUGUGAAUAUAUGGGUGGCUUGUUUUUAUGUCAAGUUAGAAUAAAAACAAUUUAACACGAAA